AUGGAUAAGCUUGAAUUCGAGCAAAGCCUCUUCCUGAGCUCUCGUUUCGAAGAUGAGUUGUCCACUCGACUUGACCUCAUUGUCAGUAUUCACAACCACCUUCACACAGAUAAAAAGAAGCUCAAAUUUGAUGUUCUCUGGGACAAAGGCAGACCAGGUGAUAGUACCCGCCCGCGGACAUAUCAGCUUGGCGACGUUUUGCCGCAAGUGCGUUUCUGGGCUACGCUUAUGUCCUUGGACAUUGACCGUCUGAGGGCUCUUCACGACGAUACGCUGAACGAUGAAGGUUACCACUUCAGCUUUUUCUAG